UCACUGCAGGGGUGCACAGAGUAGGGGGACACUAGUGUCUUUGGCGAAUAUACGAUCCAUCGCAUGCACCUGCUUCAAGAAGAGCGAGUAGUCAAGUGGAUUGAGGGGUUUCCUCAACCUCAAAUCCCAGCAGAGGACCAGCCGGAGGUUCCUGAGGACGAGGCUGAUGAGGAUGUCCACCCCGAGGAUGUGGAUGAUACUGCUGUCGCCUGCUCGACCACCUUCGAGUAUGGGGAUAGCAGUUCCACCUUUUCAUCGCAGGACUACUUCGCCCACCAGUUCUAGCAGCUGAGCAUCCAGAAUCAGCAGAUCAUCGACCAUCAGCUCCAGUUCCAGCAGCAGUACUCGGCUCACCAGGCCGAGUAUCAUACCCGGAUGGCGGCAUAUAAUGAGCACCUGGACCGCAUGGAGACCCAGCAGGGGGUGACUCUGGCUCACAUCGAGCGGGAGAAGCCCGCUCUCGGCGUAUGCAGGAGGUCCAGCAGCACCAGCUCCAGAUGAUACCGGGCGAGCAGCCAGUCUGGAGGACUCCUUGGGAGGACUCUCCCCUACCACCCCUGGUCGCCGACGAUGACGCCAUCAUGAACGACAUCGACCUCGACAACCUUGGCGACGAGUAGGCUGUACUCGUCGCCCCUCAGCGUGUGUUUUUGUUUAGACUUUUUAUGUUUGCUCCAUGUGUUUGAGGAGCUUGAACUGAGUCUGUCGUUUGUUUUCGUAAUUUUGGUUUUCUUUUUUGGUUUGUCUUUUUUGUGGCCAUCUGGGCCAACUCUGAUCCAUAACGCACAGUGUGCUAGUGUGUUCUUGUUAUUCCCUUCAUGCAGAACUGCCCGUUCGUUCCAUAUGUUCCCCGCUGACUGGUCCACUUCCAGUCUCCCGCAGUAUUUCAAUAUGGUAACAUCGUUCCCCUUAUCUCUCCCUAUGCUCCAUUGAGGGUAAUGUCGUGCUUAAGUGUGUGUGGGGGGGGGGUGCUUUGUAUCGGUUGGAAUCUAUAUACGUGUGCUUGGAGCCUAGUCCGCUGUCCAAAUCUCGAGAUUUGAGGGCUCCAAGUACGCCAGUUUGAUCAUAUUGGCACUGUGUUUUGAUUGGUGAAUUGAAUGGUUUUUGGAUUAAUGCAUGACAACUGGAUGGUGACUAGGACAACCUAUAAUGAUGACUGAGAUGUGCAGUAGAGUUGUGUAGGGGUUCAGUUUUUCAACUGUUUACUUACCAACUGUGACUUGGAUGGAUCACUUUUUCUUGACAGUCGUUUAUGCAUCUAGUUCAGGGGGAUCAGAAUGAGAGAUAGAGCAUAUAGGUAGCCAUGUGAGAUUUGAGCCUGCUCGUUUCUUUCUUGUGCGAUAGUUCCCUCUUCCAUGAUGUGUAGCAUUCACGUUGUCAUUAGCUAAGAUGAUGGAGGCAUAGGAUUAGCCCACGACCAAAUUGACUGUCCUGGUGUGUCAUACCCCCUAGUCAGCCCCUUUGAGCCGUGUGUUAUCCUUUCUUUCAGUCUGCAAUAAAAAAUCACCCUUUUGCAUCUCUUAGAAGGUUCCACAGAGUUUUUUUUACAUGUUCUCUGCUGUUUCUGCUAAAUAUAAUGUGAGAGUUGGAGGUAGUUCUUAAAAAGUUGGGCAGGUGUUUUUUGAAAAAUGUGCAGAGGUGGUGGUUCUCUUAAGAAAUGAAGAAAAAAAUCAAAGAAAAACAAAAUAAAAAAAUGAAAGCAAAAGAGAGCCACCACCAAAAAUCUAAAUAGUGCACAUUAAGUAGUGUUUCUUAGCAGCUUGGUUUAGAAAUACUAACAUUUAUGUUACCUCCUUCGCUCUUGUGCUCUGAAAAAUUUGAGUAAUGCAGAAUAGCAGAAAGAAAGUUAUUGGUUUGAUUGACUGAGUUUGUUGGGUUUGGAAAUGUGGAACCUUGUGCUACGAAUGCUUCCACCACCUAAAAGGCCUUUUCCCCAUGUCCAAGACCCUAUCCAGUCAUCUGAACCUAUGUCUAAAACCUCUAGAUUAGUUAGUGGUGACAUCCCUUAUGUGAACUCUAAAAUUUAGAGGCUGCCAUCAUGGUGAAGAGACGUUAGAGAUUGAGAGUUAGUGGUGACAUCCCUUAUGAUAGUAGAAGUAUAUUAAUUGUCAUUUACGACUUUUAGCAUUGUGUACCACUAGAUAUCACCCCGUACCAGAGUAGUAUUGUGUGGUAUUGUUUGGUCCUGUAAUUUUCCCACCCAGAAAUUUGUAGAUCCAAUAGAUCAUGAUGAACUCA